AUGGCUCGUCCUGAGUCAGUGCUAGCCAUGCACAAGAGUUACUUCUGCCUUCACUACUUGCACGAUGUGAAGCUUGCGAUCGAUGUCGCACUUGAGCACCUGAAGCACUGCGCAGAUACAGACCUCAUAUUGACCGUCUUGAUGGAGUUCUUAGCGAACCAUAAAUCACAGGCACAGCCAUUGGAAUUGAAUACCGUACGCGGAGUCUUCGUUGAGCUGCUGAAGUCACGGAAUAUCGUGGGACUGCAUCGUAUACUUGUUAGGCACCAGUACGAACAUCUGAUGCGUCAACUUAACUAUAGGCGUGUUUCAGACCGCCGUUUGGAGAUAUUACCGUCCAAAGCGCUGGGCGUCGGACCCUACCGUAUACAUGCGGUUAGGCGCCGCGUUUCCCGUCACCGCGCGAACCUAAGCAUUAGUCGGAUUACCUUGGUCCAAAGAUCACUGGAAUCUAUUGAAAGAAAGCGUUAUGCUGUUGUUCGAAGCCCUAAGCAAUAUUCGGUGAACCGACCAACUAAGCGGAGCUGCCACGGCAAUGCCGACACUCUCGAGAAGGAAUUCCAGAGAAACUUGAUCGAUUGUUUCGGCGAUAAGGCUCUGAUGUACUAUCGUUGUGACAUGGUACACGGCCCAAGAAUGUGCAAGGGGGGCGACUACGCGCCCAGUGUAGCUGGUACCGACGUACCCGCUAGCGGGCGGUCUUCAAAUAGUGAGUCAGACGGUUGUUGUGCUAGGGGAGUCCACGAUCGACAGGAUACAUUCACAAAGAGGUUGAAGUCGUAUCAUGGAUGCCUUUGUGUGCCUAUACCCACCUCCAGCAGGCAGCUAUGCGUCUCUGCAGACCGGUCAAGUGCGAUGUUUUGGUGGCGUCGUCACUACACCAUGAUAAAACGAAAGAUAUUCCAGGUCUGCAACAUGCUGUUCAUCAACAUAAACGUUCCUUUUAUCGCAGUGGAUUUGUUGUCUCGUUUUUUCCAGAACGUUGUCGCCACAACUGGCGCCGGCGUAAGGCGAUGCAUGCGGUUUCUGUUCAACCUUGUUGACACCGGAAGUACAGCUGAUACUCACUUCGAUGAUCAGAGGGUUUCGGAAGACGACGCCACUAUGUUAUUCAUGGUGGCUGCCAACUGCCUGGAAAUAGCGUUGAACUACCACAACGGCUGCGCUCGUUUCGACAUUUUUUCACUGUUCUACUUCCUCUUGUUUGUGGAUUCAAUUUUUAGCAACGUCAGCUAUGAGGAAUGUAUGGAUGCUUGUGUACCAUCGUUGAUGCGUGCAAUUGACGGCGGUGCGCUUCUCAAGCAGCAACUGAACGGGGGUAGACAUUACCUCAGGCGCAGUCUCAAGUAUCACCAUGGUCUGUUCAAACGCGAGCUUGCUCACCUGGCACGUGAGAUAAAGAAGAACCGUAUUUUGCAAGUUGUUAACUUUCAGAUUGUGAACUGUUUGGAACAGCUUUUGCUGUUGUCUCAUGGUAUUUUCGGUUUGAACCUGACGUUGAAGGUUGCGCCAAUAUUAUUCGACGUGACGCAAAAAACGAAUCGCACUUACAACCUCAAUGUAGACAGGUACGAACCAAAUGAAGGUGCAAAUUCUUCCAGGAGCGGUCGUAUGGGUUUUUCGGGCCCCCGAGAGGAUGGUAGCUGUUACAAUAGGGUACACAGUGUACGUACCAACAUAUCUGCAAAACCGAAUUGUGGUCCGUCUGGCACGUUAUCUACGCAUCGUAGUACAUCGGACCAGCUUGACAUGUAUGAAGUCGAUACGAACGACUCUGAUGACAGCUGGUCGUCUGUGCCGCACAGCCGUACUGUUUCGGAACCGGAGCCCGGACCUUCGCAAGAGGAGUCUGAAUUUGCAAACUCUUUGGUGACAGAAUCUACGGAGCUAUCGAUCCUGCUGCUUCAGAUGCUGAGCUGUUCGAAGUAUAUCGAGAUACUGGGAGGCAACAGCAUGUUCGCCUCCCCAGGGUGCGGUGUUGACAUGGCGACGCUCAUGGCAGGUAUGUGCCUCCACUUCGUUCUGGACGUUUAUGUGAUGCUCACGGAUGAUUUGAUUUCCAAAGCUCUGCGCGCGUGCCAUUUGAGAAUCACUCCUGUAGAAGGUGACGCAGCUGGAGCUACAUACCUAGAAGCAUUCCAGCGCUGCAUGGGCUGCAACUACCGCCUGCUUGCUGAAAACAAUUGCGCUCUUUACUUCCUGGUUAUCGAACUGGAUUGGAUAUUCCACAAGGAGGGUCUAUAUAGCAGCACCGAGUAUGGGAGACACCUCAAGCUCAUGGGCAGUGUUUUGCAGUUGACUAGCGUCUUCGACCGUGAUUCCCUGGAGGAUGCGUUUGAAGCGCAUUACCGACUGUACAGCCAGAUCGCCGUCAUGAUGUUCGGCGGAUCUCACGUGGAGCCGCACACUUCGUUAUGCGUGGAAGCUUUCAAGGAACGCGUCGCGAGUUGGAGUACGUUUGACGAGGUAACUGUUCGCUGCGUGCGCCCGGAGGAUGAGAUGUCGAUUAACGAGGAUAUCAUGGACAUUUAUUACUCUGACCUACGCACUCCACGCGCCUGUUUCAACCCCUACAAGUCCAUUUUUACACCCAAGUACUUUGCGUUGGCCAAGGAUCUCGUCUACCGUGUUAAGGCGGCGUUGCUACUGUACUAUAUACGCAACCGUCGCACAUCAGCGCGGUAG